CGCCACCCCACCUCAGGUCUCCUUUCCCGCCGAAAUAUUGCCUCUACCCGUGCAUUCAGUGCUCCAACUAUAACGACAUAUUUAAAAUGGCGAGCACUCAGGAGCUCGAGCAGAAGCCUGAGGACCUUCAGCGUACUGAACAGCAGCCGGAGGCGGAAACACCUGCUGACGAUAACGAUGAUGAUAUCGAGGAUUUAUUCGUGGAGAGCGAUGACGAGAUAGUCCCCGAAUUAGUAUCAGGCGACUCGCAUGACUUCACAAAAGCCUACAACCGCCAACGAAAGCUCAAUGACAACUCUGUGCCCGUCGACCACAAGCCUAAAUCAAACCCACAAAAGCCCUCCGCAAACACAAACGCCUCUAUCGACGACCAAGUCGCGUCUUUAGCGAAGCACGCCGGCAAAAUCCGGCUUACCGACAAGUUUAGCGGUGCAACUGGCGGCAAUGCGCGAGACAAGGACAAGGCGGAUCGUGCGACGACAGAACAGGUGCUGGAUAGGCGGACGCAGAUGAUCCUCCUCCAGCUGAUCAACCGUGGCGCUAUCUCUGAAAUCCACGGCGUCAUUUCAACAGGCAAAGAAGCGAACGUGUACCAUGCUAUGACCGAGCCCUCAGAUGCUGAUGCCGACCCUAUUCACCGCGCUGUCAAGGUCUACAAGACGUCUAUCCUCGUGUUCAAGGACCGAGCAAAGUAUGUCGAGGGCGAGUUCCGGUUUAGGCAGGGAUACAAUAAGAGCAAUAACCGCGCAAUGGUGAAGCUCUGGGCGGACAAGGAGCGCAGGAAUCUAGCGCGUAUACACGACGCCGGCAUACCGUCGCCCGAGCCCAUCGCGCUACGAAAUCAUGUUCUGAUAAUGGGCUUCGUGGGUGAUCGGAAGGGCAAAGCUGCGCCGCGGUUGAAGGAUGUACGAUUCGAGGGUCUGACAACGGAAGAGGAGGACGCAAAAUGGACAGACCUCUACGCCCAGAUGCUGAGCUAUAUGCGUAUCUUGUACCAGACAUGCCACCUUGUUCAUGCCGAUUUAAGCGAAUACAACGUACUGUAUCAUGAGGGCAAGCAGUGGAUCAUCGACGUGAGUCAAGCCGUGGAGCACGAUCAUCCCCGCUCUCUCGAGUUUCUGCGCAUGGACGUCAAGAAUGUGUCCGAUUUCUUCCGUUCGCGGAAUGUAGAGACACUCAGUGAACGCCGUGCCUUCGCCUACAUUACAUCUGAAUCAGGGCCGAAGGAUACCAAGGACCAAGACAAAAUCGAAGAGCAGAUACGAGAGCUGUUAGGCAAGGAGCCAUUGACGGAAGAGGAGAAGAAGAGAGAAGAAGAAAACGACGAGGUGUUCCGCAACCAAUACAUUCCCCAAACACUAGAUCAAGUCUACGACAUUGAACGCGACGCCGAGCUCGUUCAUAAGGGCGAGGGCUCCGACUUGCCCUACCAAGCUCUCCUCGCCGAUAAGGUAGUCAACAACAACGAAAGCGACGCCUCCCCCGAUGAUUCCGAUUCCGAGUCUGACGGUAGCGAAGUCGAUCAAAGUAUAUUCGACAAAGGCCCAUCCAGAGGGAAGAAGCAUAUGGAUAAAGACGAGAAAUUAGCACAUAAGAAAGCGAUCAAAGAGGAGAAGAAGGAGAAGAGAAAGGACAAAAUGCCGAAGCAUAUGAAGAAGAAACUGGUCUCACAGAGCUCGAGGAAGAAGUGAGCACUGCAUUGCGGUGCUGGAUAACAACCGGAGGGUAUAUACCAAGGUCGAAGGAGUUGUGGUGGUCAACCGGAGUUUGUGUGUUUUGGCGGACUGAGGAAAGGUAUGUGAAUCGUGUGGUAUUUGUUGUUAGGAAAACAUGAAGGAGGACGAAAGAGUUAUGACGAAGAAAAGCUCGGCAUCUCUAGGCUUUGCUAUGAUUUGGUUCUCCGCGAGACAGCCAGUUGCAGUGGAGUUUGGAUCUAGGUGUCGCCGAAUAGUCGGCUCGCGGCGUGUCUGUGAGCACGACUUUGCGGAUCAAAGAGAGCACUGAUACUCGGCUCCUGUGUGGUGUGAGAUCGAUCUUUGAGGGUAUAUAGGCUGACCUGAUUUAGACAGAUGGGCAUUCGUCAUACUGUUGGCGCAAUGUUACUACUACUU